CAAAGAGGGAAAUGCGUGUCUUUGAUGAAUUCCAAAGUCGAGAUUUGCUGAUAUCUUCAUUCCGUCCGUGAAAUCUUUACUGCUCUUCUCGUUAUCUAAGUCCUAAGACUUUGACUCUUGACACAAAACAGUCUACUCACAUCAACAAAUAACCAAAUCAACACAUCAAAAUGCACGUCUCCGCUGUCGCUCUCCUGGCCCUCGCCGCUGGCUCCGCCCACGCCGGCCAGAUCAAGGAGGAGACCACAAUUAAGACUACGGCUGUCCCUCACACUACUGAGAAGGUCUCUCAUACCACCGAGAAGGUCCCUCAUACCACUGUCGAACCCGUCAAGACCCACAGCCAACACCAGACCUUCCCCAGCGUGACCAUUUCCUCCAAGACCAGUCACCUCACCCACACCACAAGUGCCAAACACACCAACCCAACCAGCGCUGCUGUCGUCACCUCUUCCCACCCCGUUAUUCCCACGAGUAGCGCCCACGCCAGCGGCCACGCUAGCUCCAGCGGCAUCGCCUCCCAGAGCAAGACCAAGACUAGCUCCGGCUCCGCCGCUCCCUCCGGCACCAGCGCCGGCUCAGGACCCAAUGGAGGCGGAAACAUUGUCAACGGCGCUCAGCCCGAGUCUCCUACCUCCACUGGUUUCGUCCCUUCGAACCCGGGCGCUAAGAUCUCGCCUGAGUUCGGGUACAUCUCUGCCGUUGCGGGCAGUCUCGCCUGGGGUGUGAUGCUCAUGGCAUAGAUGAUGAACUCUUUCCCUUUUCUUGCUUUACGACUAGCUUGAAGAGGAGUCUAUUGCCUAGUUUAUUUUGCCUUUCGGUGUUGGAUUUGUUCUGUUUUACCUUACCUAACCCAACUCCCUUGGUUGGCUAUUCUACCACUGGUUUCGUUGUUAUGGUGUUAGAAUGUCUUUGGUCAUUAUUUUAUUGGAGAAAUCUGGCGUUUCAUUUACGUCCCCCCCUUCCUUUGGCUAUGCUGAUUUUACUAUCACACGGGGUUUAUC